AAAAGAUGGUGUAUUUCCUUUUAUUCUUUCCGCCGCCGCUGUAUAAAAUAAUUAUUUGAAAUGGGUUUGAAUUUGCGACUCAAAUGAGUGAGACAAAGAGGCGAAUUUGUUGAUUCUUUUCCAUAAAUCCCACUUUUCUCUCCCCACCUCUCUCUUUCUCUAUUUCUCUCUCCAUCUUGGUGAUUACUACGGCGGAAAAGAUCGUGUGAACCUCUUCUCUAUUGCACUUUGUACGAGAUACUUUUGAAAUUAUAUAAGCGGGUUUGUAAAUUCUGCAAUUAUUUUGUCUUCUGGGAAAACCCAAUUUCAUUUCUUUCAAAUAGAUCCUGUAACACGGUUCAAAUAUCUAGAAUUUUGUGGGGAAUUCUUCAAUCCAUUGUUUUUUACUGUUUUUAUUGAAGAUUGGAUCCUGGGUUUGUGAUAAAAGUAGCUUAUCGGAUUCGAUUUGAAUUUUGUAGUCUAUUUGCUCAUUUCGAUAAGAACGAUGUUGGAUCAAGUCACUUAGGUUAUGAUUCAGUAGCGGAAGUGAAAAUUGGUAAUCUGAACUUCCGGAGGAAAAAUCGAGUUCUGUUCUUCGUGGGGAUUGGUUUGUAGACUAUACUAGACUGACUGUGAGUCUGUGAGAGUUGGAAUUAGUCCAUUAUUAUUAUUAUGUCAAAGGUGGUUUAUGAAGGUUGGAUGGUCCGACAUGGUCGGAAGAAGAUUGGGAGAUCUUUUAUUCAUAUGAGAUUCUUCGUUCUCGAGACUCGUCUUCUCGCUUACUACAAGAGGAAGCCUCAGGAUAAUGUGGUUCCAAUAAAGACUCUUCUUAUAGAUGGGAAUUGUAGGGUUGAAGAUAGAGGAUUGAAGACACAUCUUGGACAUAGGGUUUAUGUAUUAUCCAUCUACAACAAGAAAGACAAACAUUAUCGAAUAACGAUGGCAGCAUUCAACGUAACGGAAGCACAUACAUGGAAAGAGAAGAUUGAAUCUGUUAUUGACCAGCAUCAGGGUUCGCAGGCUGGUAGUGGGGGAAAGUUUGUUUCUUUUGAAUAUACUGAAACAGAAAAUGGUAGGAAAUCUUCUUCAUCAGAUCAUGAAAGUCAAUUUAGUGCCCCUGAAGAUGAAGAUAACUCCAAUCAUGGUCGUUUAUUGCGGAGAACAACAAUAGGAAAUGGUCCUCCUGAUUCAAUUCUGGACUGGACUGUAGAAGUUGACUCUGAUUUAAAUCAGAAUUCCAACAACCAAGCAUUCUCUAGAAAACAGUGGCGCCUACUUCAGUGUCAAAAUGGGCUUCGCAUUUUUGAAGAGCUCCUUGAAGUUGAUUUUCUUCCAAAAAGCUAUAGCAGAGCAAUGAAAGCUGUAGGGGUGGUGGAGGCUUCUUGUGAAGAGAUAUUUGAGCUUGUGAUGAGUAUGGACACAACACGAUUUGAAUGGGACUGCAGUUUCCAGUAUGGUAACUUAGUAGAAGAUGUAGACGGGCACACAGCAAUCCUCCACCACAAAUUAUUGCUCGAUUGGUUCCCAAUGUUUGUGUGGCCCCGUGACCUUUGUUAUGUGCGGUAUUGGCGCCGAAAUGAUGAUGGAAGUUAUGUUGUCUUAAUUCGUUCAAGGGAGCAUGAAAACUGUCCGAAAGAACCUGGAUUUGUACGAGCGCACAUUGAGAGUGGGGGUUUCAAUAUUUCCCCUCUAAAACCUCGAAAUGGGAGACCUAGAACUCAGGUGCAACACCUUAUGCAGAUUGAUCUCAAAGGAUGGGGAGUAGGAUAUAUUCCUUCAUUUCAACAACAUUGUCUCCUUCAGAUGCUAAAUAGUGUCGCAGGACUUCGAGAAUGGUUUUCCCAAACAGACAAAAGGACUGCUCCUCCAAGAAUCCCUGUAAUGGUCAACAUGGCUUCUACUUCUGUAUCGCUAAACAAGAAUCAAAAUCUUUCACAAUCCUCUGUCCACAUUCGUAAUUCUUCUCUAGAUCAAACUCAGAUUUCCAACAAAAAUGGCCCAAUGAAUGAUGAAUAUUCGGAUGAUGAAGAUGAUCUUCAAGUGUUUGAAGAACAAGAGGAAUUUGCUGACAGCUUUCAGUGCGAAGAACAAAAAACAGAAGUAGAACCCUCUGAUCAAAUUGAUUUCUCCUGUUUCUCGGGCAAUCUACAACGUAAUGACAAUGAAAAUGCUCGUAACUGCUGGCGGAUAUCGAAUGGGAACAAUUUUAGAGUUCGUAGCAUUAAUUUCUUUUAUGACAAAUCAAAGGUCUCUGCCGGAAAGCAUGUAUUGGAUAUUGUUGCUGUUGAUUGGUUUAAGGACACAAAACGUAUGGAUCAUGUUGCAAGACGAUCUGGUUGUGCAGCCCAGAUUGCCUCAGAAAAAGGGUAUUUCACCAUAGUUAUCAAUUUUCAAGUACCUGGUUCGACACACUACAGUAUGGUUUUCUACUUUGUGACAAAGAAACUAGUACCUGGAUCUCUUUUGCAACGGUUUGUUGAUGGUGAUGAUGAUUUUCGUAAUAGCAGACUAAAGCUGAUUCCAUCAGUUCCUAAGGGCUCAUGGAUCGUGCGCCAAAGUGUUGGGAGCACUCCUUGCUUACUUGGAAAAGCAAUUGACUCCAAUUAUAUACGUGGUCCGACAUAUCUGGAAAUUGAUGUGGAUAUUGGCUCUUCUACCGUCGCUAAUGGUGUCCUCGGGCUCGUAACAGGGGUUAUCACGACGCUAGUGGUUGACAUGGCUUUUCUUGUACAGGCAAAUACUAACGAGGAGCUGCCGGAGCGGUUGAUAGGUGCUGUUCGAAUGUCUCACAUAGAACUGUCGUCUGCCAUUGUUCCAAAGCUUGAGCCCGAACCGUCAUCCACCCAUAGCAAUACUUGAUUUGUGUUCAAAUUUAUGUUUGCUUUUUCGUUUUUGGUUAAGAAACCGUCAAUUUGUUGUCAACAUAUCUUUUACAAUAUAGAAAUUUACCAGGUGACACAUAUUUCUUUUAUUUAAUAUAAUUCUUUUCUGUCGCUAUUAAGAUAAGGCGACUACACGAA